AUGUAUCGCUAUGAUUCCAUAGAAGAGAUAGUAGAUAUGGCCAUGAAAAUUGAAAGGCAGAAAAAGGGAAGUCCACCAACAAGUACUCUAACAACACAUGGGGAUCUAAAUGGUCUAAGGGAGGUGAAAAGAAGGAUUUUAAAGGUUUUAAUUCCCAAUGGACGAAUUCAACUUCAAAAGGUAAAGAGGCUGUCCAAACUCAAUUCAAAAGCAACAAAGUUUGCUAGGCGUGGUGCAUUUGAAUAUGCAUGUCAAGAGGAAGCCCUUGAGCAAUGUGAGACAUAUUUCACACACAGGAAUUUGAUAAUGUCUUUCCUAGUGCCUAGUGGUUUACCACCUUUAAGAGGAAUAGAACAUCAAAUUGACUUCAUUCCUGGCUCCACCAUUCCAAAUAGAUCUGCAUAUAGAAGCAAUCCAAUGGAGACAAAGGAGCUGCAAAGGCAAGUUAAUAAGCUUAUAGAGAAAGGCUUGGUGCGAGAAAGCAUGAGCCCUUGUGCCGUUCCACUACUUCUAAUGCCCAAAAAGGAUGGAACGUUGCGCAUGUGUGUUGAUUGUAGAGUAGUCAACAAAAUCACUGUAAAGCAUAGACACCCUAUCCCUAGACUUGAUGAUAUGUUAGAUGAAUUGCAUGGGGCAACUUACCUUACUAAAAUUGAUUUAAUGAGUGGUUACCAUCAAGGAUGCAACCUAGGUGAUGAAUGGAAAAAUCUGCUUUAA